ACAAAACACUUUUGUCCGUUUGAUUCCUUAGUGCUUCGAAUUAGUCCAUUAGCAUUUGCUCGUAAUUUGUUUUACCCAUUCCCGGUAUUGUUUUAACAGUAUUCUGGGGUGCAAUGGACGACAGCAACGCAGUGAAGCUCUUUGUUGGGAAUCUGGAUUUGGAAACCACACAAGAUGACCUAAUAGCACUUUUGGCCCCUUAUGGAGAAGUGGUGCACAUAACUGUACUGAGGCAGUUUGCCUUUGUCCAUCUGCAGGGAGAAGGGGCUGCUGACCGUGCCAUCCGUGAUCUGAAUGGUCGAGAGUACUGUGGCCGGAGCCUUGUAGUUGAGGAAUCCAAAGGGAGGCCUCUCAAUUCCACCAAAGUAUUUGUGGGGAACUUGUGCGCUUCCUGUUCAGUUGAAAACCUGUAUGAUCUCUUCUCGGCUUACGGCAAAGUGCUCGAUUGUGAUAAAGUAAAGACAAAACCCUCCUCAUUCACAGGCUACGCCUUUGUGCACAUGGAGCGCAAAGAGGAUGCAGAACAAGCCAUUGAGGGUCUUCACGGGACCUCGUUUAUGGGGCGUCCACUUGCAGUGGAGCUCUCAAAGGUACAGCCGACCGCAAACAAGGUCCCGUGUGCCAGCUGCGGUGCACAUGGCCACUUUGCAGGAGAAUGCCCGAUCAACAGGCCUUCAAUGGAGCACCACCAGAGUCAGGCUGCUGUCUUGGCUGCAGCUGCUGCCGCUGCUGCCGGACUUCCCCUUCAGGUGCAGCAGAGUGUGCACAACUCUUUCUACAACACUGCGAGCACUGACCCAACGUUUGCAGCUCUGAAAGACUUGACCACUUCCAGGUUUGAUGGCAAACCUGUCAGUGCCGCAGUCUAUGGUGCCCUGGCGAGUCAAGUCUACAGUUCUGUUGCAGACCAGGUGCUGAACACGUUGACGAGCCAAGCUGCGGAUGGCUACCCCACGGAAGGAGAAGCACCGCCGGGUGCUGCUGCCGUUAACCCUGCCAUUGUUAACCCUGCCUAUGGAGCAAAUUCCUCUCUGUACGGUGCCAGUCCAGCUUAUGGGACCAUGGGAGGCACGGAACCUAACCCCCAAGCCAUCUUUGAAGCCGCUAGGGCACGAUUCUUUGAGCAGGGACAACAAGUGCUGGCCGAACAGCAGGCAGUGACCAAAUCUGACCGAGACCGAAGUCCAAUACGGCGUUCGGUCCCAUUACUGCCUGAUCCAGUUCCCCAGCCGUUCUCCCAGACGCGUCCCAAACGACGGGCCCUGCUCCCAACACCUCCUGGAGGUCCAGAACUACCUGCAGUUAAAAAUGGCGACCCAAUUGCAAGGUGCUAUGCCGAGUACUACCAACAGUACCAUCAGUACCAACAGUACCAACAAUACCAGCAAUACCAGCAAUAUCAGCAGUACCAGUACAGCUAUCCACCGCCACCACCCCCUCCGAUGCCCAUGAUGCCUCCAGGCCCAAUGGAUGUGCAACAGAUGGCCGCCCCUGGCACAAUUGCUUCACCAAGAGUGUAUGAGCCAACUUCAACACACAUGGAGCCCCUCCUACGCCGUCCUGAUUACCUUCAGCAACACACAUCUGAGUCCCCAUAUCGAUAGCCCUCAACACCUCACGAGUGUGUGCACGCGUGUUUGGUUGUGAAAAUGUGUGCGUGUCAAUUUUGGUCCUACAUGACAAAAGAAACUAGAGGAAAGGGAUAAAUUGAAUUAUUACUGCUACAUCAAACCCGGAUAUUGUAGUUUCGCAGUUAUCUUUCCCCCUCAUAAUGUUAAAUAUCUCAUUAUGUACAGAAUGUAGACGUUUACAUGGCCAUGAAAGUUUAGAUUCUGAGCUACUCAGUUUAAGUGUUUUUUUUUUCUCCCCCGAAGUGCUCAGAAUUACAUCAGCUGUCACUUUUAUAGAUAAAAUGCUGUUUGACUUUGUCAAAUGACUGUGCCUUGUGAAAAUAAACCUUUUUUGUGUACAGACUUUUGUAAAACCAAGUACUUCAGGUACAGUUUUAUUAAAUUCAUGGUUCAAGAAAGGAGCAAGCCUCAGUCAAAUAUCCUAAUCCAAAUUGUUGUCAGCAUAUUGUAUUUGGCUUGGACUGAUGUUAAGUUUCACAGCGACUAGGAAGACCGCAUAGUUUAGCUAGAAUGUACAGAGGACCUGUGUGAAGUCUGUGUGUGUGAGAGAGUGAGAACACAAUGUUAACUGAUCCAUUAUUUACACAUGAGCACCACAAUCACAUACACAUCAGGCCUUUUUCGUAUAUACCUAUUUGAGUGAGGAACGGCAGGCAUUUGGGCAUAUUAAGGUGAAUCAGUACCAAACAAAUCCACAAACUUGUACUUAAAUGCUCUAACCACUGCCUCACUAGUGCAGAUGGUUAUACCUGCCCAGUUGGACAACAUUAAAACUGAUAUUAAAAUCAUCUGUUGGAAAAGAGAGGGCAAGAAUAGAUUCAUUGCAAAAGGGACAAGUUUGUUAGUCAGUCGAGAAGCAUAUUUGUUCUAAAUGUUUUCCAUUCGGAUGCCUCUAUUGACUCUGAAUGAGUUCGAGGUGUCGUUGUUGCUAAAUAGCAAACAGAACUGGUUCUAUAACCUGCCAGUAGGGAUUAUGCAUGUUUUUGCAGGAUUUAAAGUGCAAACGACUGCCAUCUCUGGCUUUGCAUCCCUCUCUUACAUGGACCAAAUUCUUGGGAGUGUUGACUUAUAAGUAUGGGUGAAAACCCCUCAAAUGACCUUAAAAGAGAAUGAGGAUUUUACGUUCUUUUUGUUUCUUUUGAAAGUAGCCCCAUGCAAUUACUAUUAUGUUUCCCUGACCAUUUAUUUUGUUCACAUUUACAUUUAUCAUAGUCUCUUUAUCCUUAGGGUCAUGUGAAUUGAUUUCAGGGGCUUUGGGGUGGAAACACUUAGUUACUUGGGGAUGGGGAGUGUAAAACCUGUUCAGGCCUGACAUAUAGCUAGUUAAGGCAAUUGGUUCUAAGAGUGAGUGGGGGGGGCGGGGAAGUGAAAUGCUUCAUACAAUUGUAUUUUUUAUUUUUUUUUGUUCUUAAGGAGAAAUGUGCUGUCCCAGUUCACGAGCAUUUUAGGCAAUUCAAUUAAACAUUAAUGUUAUGACAUUAUAAACCGAAA